AUGUCCAGCGCCGAGGCCGCCUUGGGACCGUUCUACCUGGGCACGCUCUUCCAGCUCUUCCUCUUCGGCAUACACUGGCAGCAAGUCUUCGAUUACUACCGACUGUUCCCGACGGACCGCUUGGCGAUCAAGGCCGCCGUCGCAGCCGUCUUCGUCGUCGGCUCCUUCCACAUUUCCUGCUCAAUCUACACCGUUUGGUUCUACGCGAUUGCAGGCUAUGGCCAGCCAUCGUACAUCGCCGACUGCGUCUGGUCAUUCGCACAUGCUCAACCCUCUCCAAACCGCCAUCGUCGCUGCGAUCGUACAGCUUCACUACGCCUGGCGAGUAUACCUCGUCUCGAAGCGGUCGAUCUACCUAUCAGCGUUAAUCUCCCUCCUCACGCUCGCUCAAUUCGCCCUCGGUCUCUACACCACCUCCGUCGCCGUCACCAUCCGUCCUUAGUCGGAAGUGCACCGGCGACUCGACUGGGCGGUCGGCAGCUGCCUCUUCUUGAUGGCAGCGGCAGACAUCCUCAUCACAUCCGCAUUGAGUACGCCGGCUACGGAUCAUCUAGUCCGGCAACCGAAACUGAACUUGAUCUCCCCCUUCCCCCAGCCUACUAUCUCCGUCAAGUCAAGAGUGACUUCGGACGCACCAACAGUAUCAUCGGGCGCAUUAUUCGCUUGACAGUCGCCAACAACGCCAUCACGGCCGUCACAGCAGUCUGCUCAGGCAGCCUCUUCGUCGCCGACAACCAAGCGGCGUACCAUGUCUUCUUCAGCCUGACCAUCAUCCACAGCUACGCGAUCUCCUUCCUCUCCUCCCUCAAGUCACGGAAGACAAUCGCAAGCGAGAUCGCGCGGGGCAGCGACCCAACGAAGGACUACGUCUCGCCUCCGCCGAAGGCCGCUUUGUCCGGUCCCGUAAACAGCCCGCCUGGUAGUGGUCCGGAGUCCUACGAGUUGAGGAACAAGAUGCGGUUCCCGCGCACGCGCUCGCUCGACAGCCUCGACUCCGCCAAGCUGGCGCCUGCGGAGGAACUCGUUGCGAACAACGGCGGCGUGCCAAUCAAGAUCCGCGUCGCCACCGAAAUCGUCUCGGAGAAGGGAACGGACUCGUGGGAGCCUCAGUACUUCAACCCGACAUCGAGCGCGCUGUCCUCUCAGUACGAGCCGGAAAUCGUCUCUCCCACGCCGCCCUUCACGACUAGCGAUCGUUCUGCCGAGCAUCGCGUUUGA